GUGGCAAAUAUGGUUAUUACCUCACAUUCUUAUGUUGAUAUAGCAGACUAAUAUCAAAUCGCACAAUACAGACAGCGAACAACGGGUGUUCGGCGCAUUUGAAACCGUCUUUCGUUACUGAAGGAUGACUUUCAAAUCAUAAUCAUAUCCGCUGAUCUAUUUGUGUGGCUAUAGUGUGUUCAAUACAGUUGGAUUUUAUAAUUGCAGUUACUCAUUUCGUUUUGAGUGUGUUUGCGCUUAGAUUAUUAAAAAAAUGUCAAAAACCGCAGUGGAUGCUCUCACGGACGAGGAUAGAGAAGAGCUGUCGCAGACGUUCAAGCUGUUUGAUCGGGACGGUGACGGUUUCCUGACGGCAAGGGAGCUGGGGGACGCCAUGCGUGCUAUGGCGCAGCACCCCACGGAGCAGGAGAUCCAGGAGCUUAUAAAGCGGCCCGAGGGCGCCGCUGACGAAGGUCCCCACCUGACGGAUUUCGAUGCGUUCCUCCACAUCAUGGCCAAGCGCAUGACUGUACCGGAACCAGACGAUCAACUACUGGAGGCCUUCCGGGUAUUUGAUAAAGAAGGAACGGGCAUCAUUUCUGCGGCGGACCUGAGGCAGAUCGUGACCACCAUGGGCGAGCGCCUCACCGACGAGGAGGUGGAGGAGAUGAUUAAGGAGGCCGAUGACGACGGCGACGGACAGAUCAAUUACCAGGAAUUUACACAGAUGUUGAUUUCCAAUUGAAGACUGAACCGCUGCCCUGAGUCGCUCUCUACUUCACUCCCUCAUCACACCAUCCCUCGGGAUACCACUCAUCUACAAGCCAUACUCCGUCCAUGUACAGUUGUUUGUGAUUAAUUGUUGUGCAAUUGAUUAAAUAAAGUUUUAUAACUUU